UUGUUGUUCAGUUGCUCUCAAUGGUUUUUCACAUAAGUCAUGAUGUCUAUCAUCUUGAUUUAUUUAGUGUGUUACUGUGUGGAAGACUUUUGAUCUAUCUUGAGAUUGAAUAACUGUUAAUAAUCCACCUGGUAAUUUUUAAUUGGUAAUUUGUUUUAAGAGUUUGGCCUAUUCACUCCCCUCUAGGCACAAAGGUGUCUGUCUCCGCAAUUUCAUUAUCCUACUAAUUCAUUUAUAUUGUUUUGCAGGAAGACAAGGAGAAACUUGAGAAGCAAUUGCAUGAUAUGGCAGUGGUGGUUGAGAGAUUGGAGAGCAGCAGACAGAAACUGCUAAUGAAGAUUGAUUCCCAAUCUUCAGAGAUAGACAGGGUUUUUGAGGAAAAUUCUAAUCUUUCAUCUGCUUAUCAAGAGGCAAUGGGUGUAGUAGUGCACUGGGAGAAUCAGGUAAAAGACUGUCUUAAGCAGAAUGAGGAGCUCCGCAACAUGUUAGAUAAGUUGAGGACAGAACAAGCUAAUGCACCAGCAUUGAAUGGCAUGGAGAGCCAGAGAGGCCUUUUAGAAGCAAAGAAAGAUGGGGGAAAUGAGAUUGGUUCCCAGACAUAUAUAGCUGAAAUUCUUUCCAUCAAGGUCAGUCGUGGCCAAAGAUGAUAGUUUUGCAUAUAUACACAUGGGAAGUAAAAUAUGUUUUCUUAAAAUUAACACUGUGAAGUGAUACUGGCUGAUCUAGUGUGUGUUUUGCUGAUGUCAUCAAUUUAACUUUGGAGCCUACUCAGGCUUAUUUGGAGAAAGGGGAAGGUUACUGUAAUUUCUUUCAGUUUCAUUUUUUUGGUACGUCAUGUAGAACUAACUACUAAGCUAAGGGCAACGGGUAAAG